AAAAACUCUUCAAUAUGGCACCAACAACAUUGCAACAUCGUCGCACGCAUAACUUGCUCCUGAUCUCCAAACUUCUAUCACAACGCGAAAAUGUGUCGCCGUUCACCUUGAUUGUGGAUAAUUUGGAACAAUCUGGAAAACCUGUGCUGAGAGAAUAUAUCCGACGGGCCACAACUGAAGUCAUUUUUGUAUCAUUCGAGUCCUUGAAGAAGCCAAAGGAUGUUGGUGUCUUUGUGAAGGCGUGGGAGAAUGGUGUGCAGCAGGUUCAGAAAGAAGUCAGCGCAUUGAUUGCGAAAGCAACUCAGACACAACAGCGUAAGCUUUAUGGUAUGCUACUGAUCAUCGAUAAUUUGAACACAUUGGCCUCGGAUCCAUCAACGGCAGCAAACCUCCCAGCACUUCUAUCUUCUUUCCUCUCACCUACAGUAUCACUGGUUGCUGUCUACCAUGCUGAUAUCCCUAUUCCACCGAGCAUAUCAUUUGCUUCGCCUUAUACGCCCCAACCACUGACAGUCCUCAAGUACUUAGCUACUACUAUUCUAACCACUCAUGCGCUCAACCACAUCCUUGCCGCGAAGGCAGCUCGCGAACGCAGUGUCGCCGAACCUGUCUUUGGCCUCGCCGAAGAAACUGAAGGUGUACUUCUCGGUCUCGGCGGUAAUGCACCUUCUGGUCUGGUGCUCGAGAUGGAGUACCGCCGUAAGUCCGGACGCGGCGUGCGAGAAUGGUACUUCCUACCUCAUCCUGCAUUACAGAAGCAGGAGGCUGUUGGAAUCAGAAACAGAUUCAGCGAGACGGUCAUGUUGUUGGAGGAUCAUGUGCUAUAUCGCAGACCUGCUGAGGAGAAGGAACAGGCUGCAGAUGAUAUGGAUGUCACGUUUGAGUUGGGUCUGACGGAUAGGCAGAGGCAGGCCAGAGAGGGUGUUGUGUUGCCAUACUUUGAUGCUCAGAAAGGUGGCGGCGAUGGUGGCAGGAUUCUGUAUGACAUGGGCGAGGAGGAUGACUUUGAUGAGGAAGAAGACGAGAUC